AUGGUGAACUCUCGAGGUGAUUCUCGCCUUGACACGGUGGAGAAGGCAAACGAGGAACUCAACGAACGGGUCACAUCAUUAGAGUCCAAGCUCGACUCCUUGUUGGCCGAAGUGCGCGCGGGAUUCGCGUCCCUCACCCCCGGUACCAAGGUCCCUCCGGAGGACGAGGCUUCCUCCGAGAACCGGGAAUCAAAUUCGGUUUCAACUGGCAACCAGUCCCCAUCCCCUAUGCCGACGUUUGACGGCACCGACGCCCUCGCAUGGCUGGCAAGGGCGGAGCAAUACUUCCUGAUUUCGGAUACGGCGCCCGAGAAGCGGGUGGGCGUAGCCAUGGUGGCGCUGGCUGGCGCCGCCCUCCCCUGGUAUCAGCUUCUGCGGAGACGGAAUCCAGACCUCUCCUUGCCCCGGUUUGCUCCAGUCCGACACACGGGCUCCCUCGCAGAAUAUGUAGCGGCAUUCGAGGCAUGCCUCGCUCAGGUACCAGAUAUAGCCUGCCACCAGUACCUCGGUUUCUUCAUGGCGGCCCUCCGGCCGGAGGUGCGCCUCCAGAUGAAGGCCGCAAAGAUCACAUCUUAUGAAGAUGCUGUCGAGUUGGCACUGGACAUAGAUGUGCUCGCAUCACAGCAACCUCAGAGGACAGCCCCUGCCCCCUCCCACACGGUGUCGCAGCCCUACACCGGGCACCAGCGUCGCCCGUCGACCACCGGUUACUCAAGCGCGCACUCUCCGCUCCCUUCCACAGGCUCAUCCCGGCCAAUAUCCAAACGCUUCCGGAAUAUCUCCCCGGAAGAAUAUAGGCGGCAUAUCGCGACUGGCACCUGUGUCAAGUGCGGCCUCAAGUUUAGCCCGACUCACAAGUGCCCGCCCAAGACCCUCAAUGUCCUCAUCUGCGACGAUGACGAGCUGCCAACUGAGGACCUGGAGCUCGAGGAGGAGCUGGAAGAUGCAAGUAAACCAGAGCUCUCCGUCCUAUCCCUACAUGGCCUGGACACGGCAAAUACCAUGAAAUUGUUCGGCCAUGUGGGGCAGCAGCAGGUCAAGAUAAUGGUGGAUAGCGGAGCAAACUACUGUUUCAUCUCCGAGCAAUGCGCCCAACAGCUCCAACUGCGAAUCACCCCAACGUCUCCCUACUCCGCCGUUCUAGGGGACGGCUCCACGCGGCGUGCGGCUGGAAUCUGCAAAGGGGUCACGGUUACAAUGGCAAACGAGGACUUCACCAUAUCUUGCUAUGUGUUCCCCCUUCGCAACAUCGAUAUCAUUUUGGGAGUGUCAUGGCUCGCCUCCCUGGGGUACGUCAUGGUCAAUUGGCAACACUCCUCGAUGGAUUUCUCGGUCCACGGCAGACCCGUGGCCCUUAAGGGAAACCCAUCACUCAUGCGGCGGGCCUGCUCCACCGGGGACCUCCGUCGCUUGGAGGACGGCGACUGCGGUUGGAUCCUCCACUCCAUCGACACCACGCCGUCGGCAUCCCCCCUCGGCAUCAACCCGGCCCUGUCGGCCAAGGCCACCGACCAAUUACGGCAGCUGAUCAAGCAAUUCCCCGCGAUCACGGAAUCCGCGUCCAACCUACCGCCCCGCCGCCAGAUUGACCACAAAAUACCACUUCUACCCGGUACGGAACCCGUCUCCGUCGCCACCCCAUCGACCGCCGCCACCGACAUGUUCACACCGCCUACACGGCUCCUCCUCACUGUCGCGGCGCCCUCCGUCCCUGCAAUGGACCGCCACGACGGUCCUAUUAGUGAUACUCUAAUCUUCGACAGUUGCCGGCAUGAUUCGUUAGAGUGA